AUAAUAUUACCAACCACCUCCAUUUAUUAAAUAAAGAUGCAAAUAAUAUCACUGAUCACUUCUACAAUAAAUUGGAAUGGAUAUACAUUAUCUUUUACACUGCAGCUAUUUGUACUAAUGUGCAUGGCAGCACAGAAUUAUUGCGUUUGAAGCUCAAUGAGGACGCCGGUUUUCUCUUUCCUUCACUCAUGUUCCGAACAUUUCCUUGAAACCAAAUGUUUAUGGGACCAGCAGGAAUAGCUGUUAUUCCGUAUAGUAACAACUAGCAGAUUUUAUCUAUUUCGAAGCAAACCAAACUCCAGCGGCUUUAGUGCUCCAUUUUGCCGCAACGUUUUUCUCUGUUAUUUUACAUAGUUUUUAUUUGCUACAUGCGUUCUACAUUAAUGUGCGUCGACAUAUGCGACGUAUGCGUUGUACCUUGAUGAGCGGCGACGUAUGCGUAUGCGUAUGACGUUCUAUACGUUUACGUUCUUUCUAGACAUCAACGCAACGGAUGAAGACGAAGCUGUCGGGCCUGACCCGUAAUGCUGUAUUACGUCUAAAUACUGUAUCUGAUCAUCGAGGUUGCAUGAUGUUGCUGGAUCGACUGCAACUUCGACAAGUUUGAGCUUUAUUGCCAUUUGUGCAUUGUAAAUGUUAUCGAUAUUGCAUCAAUAACUUGGCCUUCGAAAUAAAAAUAAAGCGAUAUCUGGAUAUUGUACGAUUUACAAUACGAAUCACUACCAUGCACCAACCUCCUCAUCCCUUUCCAUCGCGACGAGCUAUUUAUCUUGGCGUUGUCAUUUGCUCCAACUAUUUCCAAGACAUUGGAUAGAAUAUAUCUGAAGUUCACAGAAACAUACGGAAUACGGAUACGUAGCAUGUAUUUUUCAAGAAGUCGUAUCAAAUCAAAAAGAUAUCAAUUUUCUUCAAAUAACAAAUCCUAGCUUCCUCAAGUAUGAGAUGUAUAGAAAGAUAUUUAUGUGACUUGCCCCAGUGAACGGAAAACAAGAAUGGGAAGGGCGCAGAAAAUGUUUUACGGACCUUUUCCCUGAAAGUUCGUCAGCAGAAAACUCCAUUACGUAUCAAAAAUACACUAACUCACGUCCCGGCGCAGUUUGUUCGCGUCACAGUGACUGGUCUGGCGACGCGCUUAUCUGAUCGGAACUUACAAACUCUCUUGGAAAUUUUGAACCCUGUGACAUUUUCAGGUUCUGGAAGUCAAAAAGUUUUUUGUUUAUAUGUAAUUAUUAGUAAUUAAUUGACUAUACAUUUGGUACGUAUGAUUGCCCUGUUUGGUAUUUAAGCUCCUUAUUUGUAUUGGUUCCUUUAUCUUGUAACAUUUUAUAUUCUUAUAGGUCAAUAAGCAAUACUCAGCUAAAGCUAGCUUUAUUUUGAUCGAUUUUAUAUUGUACUGGCCUUUGCUCGACUUGACCCGUGUUUUUAUUUCAGAAUUGUUCGUUCUUAUUACUGUUUCGGGUUAUCGCGAUGAAACCUAUCUGAUUUAAGUUAGACCAUCCACUAUACAACUGUGAAAACUGGAUCAGUAGUUUUUGUUUGAUACGCAAAUAUAUAUAUACAAACAGCCAAAAAUUUAAAAACUUGAUGAAAUUGUUUUACCACCAUUUUUUCUCCUAUGUACAGACAUUGUCCACUUACAUUUGUAUUGUAUGUAUAGUUUGUCAUAUAUGUACGUAAUAGUAUGAUAAUAUUUCACAAGUACUGUACUGUCGUGCGAACUAGCCAUUGGCCGGGCCGCAUCGGGCGGGCCCUGAUAUUGUUUUAGGAAGCGUAUAAUUUAUCGCCGACUAUUUUCCUUGCAAAGAUGUCUCUUAUUUUAAAUUCAGACGUUUCCUGUGCAUUUACCUUUAUACUUUUCAUUUUAGCACAGGUUUGGAAAUAAAAUAUUUCUCUUUGUGCUAAAAAACACUUCAAGAAAAGGUACCUAAGUACCUAUAUGUACUUAUUUCGAAACGUGAUCUCGAAAAGCUUAAUCAUUUAAAGCGAAAUUAAUUCCAAUAUUACUAUUUUGCGUAAUAUUAAUUUCAUAACAACAAAUACUAUCUAGAAUCAAACUAAUCAGAUACAGGUAAGGUGAAGGCAGGGCAAGCUGCUGAUCCGAUUACAGACCACGCCCGGUGGUGACGUCUCGCUCAGUACAGAUUUACUAACACCGUAAUUACAGCUCAGUGGUCGCCGCUUUAGCGAUUCAUGUUGUAACGAGCGCGCGAUGUCUCAACACUAUCACUGAAGCAAGAGAUCUAAAAUCUAUCGUCUAAUUCGGUUUUAAUGGACUUUUCACAAAAAUACUGUUUAGUUUUACUUACAUUUUUUGAUCUAAAAACAGAUUAACUAGAAAAGCCACAAUUUAUUGAACUUUAUGUACGCAUUAAGUUUGAAAGAUCGGAUCAGAGCGCGAUAACAAAAAGUGUGGAAUAAAAAAGGAAUUUCAUUUGAAUACUGUAGUGUACGCGCGCAUGCGUCAGGCACGUCAUUCGGCCAUUGACUGGAUCCGAGUGUGCGUCGGUUGCAUGGUGUGUACCUACAUAUUACGUGGUAAUAAAACUUAUUUUAUUAAUCCCUGAACCCUAUAUAUGGCGACGAGUCAAAAGUGAGUACAACUAGUUUAUUAUCAAAAGGGCAAGGGAGAAACUGCAAAUAACAAAAUAUAACGUUUACGCUUUGUCGUCUAGCGAAUAUUAGCGGCCAUUUUGUUAAAACAAACAGCUAAAACAAUAAUACUACUUAUUAGGUAUAUUUGACGCAAAACAUUUCUUAAAUGGCUGCAUAUAAUAGCUUUGUUGCUUUUAUUAAUAUGCUAACAAUGCAUGUUUUAUUGUUUUAAAUACCUAAGUGCUUUGACUAGUGAAAUUAAAUUUAUCAUAAGUUGGUAAAUAGAUGGCUCGACAGAAAUGUGAACAAAUACCUUCGCUUGUUGUAAAAUUGAUACCUAUUUGCAAAUAAAAAGGCAAUACAAUAAAUACUUUGAAGAUAUGUGUGUGAAUAUGUACUUAUAAGUAGUUAUGAAUUAAACAAAGGGAGGAUAUAUUAUUCCUCCGACUAUUUAUGAAUAUGAAUAUUUGUUUUGUACCUACUAGUACUAGGUGCCUACAUUCUUGUUGUUUUAAUUGUUGUUAAAUUUAUAGCGUAGUUUAAAGAGACUCAAUAAUAUUAUAAAAUCAGGUUAUUAUACACAUAAAAAUGGUUACAAUACAUUUGGAUGGUUUAGGUACAAUUAAAAAAAAAUUACAUGAAUUCUCUUAAUGACUUAAAAAGUUGUUUUUUUUCACAUUUCAUUGAAAUUCAGUCAUUACAUUAAUACAAAGUUUCGAUACGCAUAUCUUACUUACGUAGUGUAAAAAGGUAAAAAAAAAAAAAAAUUCCAUGUAAAAAAAAAAGGGCAUUGCCCUAUGAAAGGAAAAGCCACGUUCCAAUUGAAUGGCCACGUACACAAAAACGAUAUGGCCAUGCAAUAAAAAAUUAAAAAAGGCCAUGCUGCACAAUAAAUGGCCACGCAAUAAUAAAAAAAAAAAAACGGCCACGCAAUAAAAUAAAAAUGGCCACGCAAUAAAAAUAAAAAAACAAUGGCCACGCAAAAAAAAAAAACCACAAUGGCCACGCAAUAAAAAUAAAAAAAAAAAAAAACCUACAAUGGCCACGCAUACAAAAUACGGUAUGGCUACGCAAUAAAAAAAAAGGGCCAUGCCACACAAAAAAAAUAAAUGGCUAAAAAAAAAUAAUCGCACGAAAGAUGUGACGACCAUUUAAAUGAUCGAGUGUCACUUUCAUCUUUCAGGUAGCCUCAAAAUGACUCAAAGUACCUCAACACUAUCAUUGCCAAAUCUAGAUAAUUUCGACUGCAAUGGCGAUCCGGCAUCAGUUGGGUUACGUUGGCAAAAAUGGAAAAGAGCUCUUGAAAUUUACUUUUUGGCUGCUAAUAUUGAGAAACCAGGAAAAAAACGAGCAACACUUCUUCAUAUUGGAGGAUUAUCACUUCAAGAGGUUUACUAUAAUCUUCCUGGUGCACACGUUGAUGACAAGACUGACGUCGAUGUUUAUGCAAUAGCCAUUGAUAAGCUAAAUUCAUAUUUCGCUCCAAAACAAAGCCGAAUUUAUGAGAGAUACAUAUUUCGGCUGAUGAAACAAGAAGAAAACGAAAAUUUUGAGAGAUUCUUAUUAAAGCUACGGGAACAAGCUGAAAAAUGUCAGUUCAAAGACAAAGACGAACAUUUGAUCGAUCAAAUCACAGAAAAGUGUAGAUCAAUGGAGUUAAGGAAGAAGAUAUUAGAAAUUGGAGACUCUGUAACGUUAGACCAAGUAAUUUCAAAAGCCAAUGCAUUAGAAGUGGUAGCUAGACAAUUGGAUCAAUUUAAAAAUAUAGAAAAUCCUCAGUCUGAUAAAGUAGAAGUUAACAAGAUCAUCGCAAAGAAAGUAAAUAGUAAACUGUCUUAUGGAACACGAUCUUCAGACUCGGACUGCUCCAGAUGUGGCAGUAAGAGGCACUCAUCUAAUGAUACGAAUUGCCCUGCAAAAGACAAACGAUGCCUAAAGUGUGGAUUCAUAGGCCACUACAAAGAACAAUGUAGGACUGCGAAGAAGCGACGUUUUACAAACAAUAAGUCAGAAACGGUAACCAAAAAACCUAAAUUGGAUUCGAAGAAAGUGGACGGGCGUUCUGAAAUUGACUAUAUUUUUCACUUGGAUGAGGACGAAACUAUUCAGUGUACAAUAGGUGGAAUAUGCGUAGCAAUGUUGAUAGAUUCUGGCAGCAAAUGUAAUGUAAUUACCGAUAAAACCUGGCAAUACCUCAAAAAUAACAAGGUUCAAGUAUCUAAUAUGAAUAAGAAACCAGACAAAAUACUAGUACCUUAUGGCAGUAAAGAUCCAUUGGAAAUAAUAGGUGCAUUUGACGCGAACAUUUCGACCAACAGUAAAUGCAUAACUUCUACUUUGUAUGUUAUUAAAAAUGGCACACGCGAUUUAUUAGGAAAAUCUACUGCCAUACAACUAGGAGUUCUCCGAAUUGGUCUUCAAAUUAACGCUGUUCAGGCCAAUUUGACUUCGGAAGUAGUCUUCCCAAAGUUCAAAGGGGUAACUGUCCAGAUUCCGAUUGAUAAAAAUAUAAAACCUGUCAUCCAGCCGUAUAGAAGAGUUCCAAUUCCGUUGGAAGAGAGAGUUGACAAAAAAUUGCAAGAACUAAAAGAUGCUGACAUCAUCGAAGAAGUAAAUGAACCAACUAAGUGGGUGUCUCCAAUGGUCCCUGUACUCAAAGAGAAUGGUGAGGCUAUCCGGCAACGCUGACUUGCGACAACGGGAGUCAGUUUUCGAGCGAAGAAUUUAAAAAUUACUGUAUAGAAUGUGGCAUUAUUAUCUAUAACACAAUUCCAUAUUGGCCACAAA